UGUCAGCGACGUCGAUUUCAGCUAAUUAUGGAAGGUUUUAGUCGCUGAAAUCAUGUUACAAAAAGUGGACGUCUUUUAGUAUUUCAAUGUACAGUAUUUAUUAUUUAACGUAGUGUCUGGUUGUGAUGUUUAUGUCUGCCCGAUAUGGGAAAAUUCAGUACUUACCGGUACUUAGAGUUAAAAGAUGAUACCUCGGCACCGAACAUCAACAUACGGAGUAACAGAGUGCUGAAGCCACCACGUCGGCUCAAGAAAACAUUCAUUCUACUCAUCGUAGCUGCACUAUGCAUGACGUAUUUUAUGGGUCUGUUCGCGGGCCAGACACAGUGGUUCGAUGGUCUGGCCAAGAGCCUCGGGUACGAGAGCGAGCGCCACCACGCGGUCAUCAUAGACGCCGGCUCUUCAGGCUCCAGAGUACUAGCGUACAAGUUCAGGGUUCCUUUCACAUUAUUCGGACAGCCUAAUUUAGAUUUAGAAGAGGAGUACUUCGAGCAGUCAAAGCCGGGACUGUCUUCCUUCGCUGACGACCCGGCUAAGGGCGCGGACACAAUAGUGCAGCUAAUCAAGAAAGCAGAGUUCCUAACGCCAUUGGAAAAGAGACGCAACACGCCACUUAUAAUUCGGGCUACGGCGGGCCUGCGACUGCUGCCACAGGAAAAGGCGCGGAAGCUGCUAGCGGCCGUUUCAGAUGCAGUCGGCAAGCUGGGGUAUGACACACGAGCUGGUAUAGAGAUUAUGGAUCCCGCGGAUGAAGGCAUCUUCAUCUGGUACACCAUCAACCUGCUCCACAAUAUAAUGGAGGGUGAAACGAUGGCAGCCCUAGACUUGGGCGGGGGCUCCACACAGAUCACAUAUCAGCUGUCCCCACACGAUAGUCCAAAGUUCCCAACUAAGGAUCUGCACCUCGUGCCCACCAGCUCUGCCAACCUUACUGUAUACACGCACAGCUACCUGGGUCUAGGCAUGUACGCGGCGCGUCACGGUAUCUUCAAAUCGGAGUCUGGCAACGACUCCCUGGACAUCACGUCGGUGUGUGUCGAGCCCAUCGUGUCGGGGGAGAAAUGGACGUAUGCUAAUGUGGAAUACACCAUCAGUGGAGCCUCCCGCCCAGCGAACAUGAAACGCGAAGCGGCCUUCGAGCGCUGCUACAGAAUAGUCAGCUCAUAUGUCAAGGCCACGCUGGACUGGGAGCCGCAGAGUCCGCCCAAAGGCAAGGUGGCCGCCAUGAGCUUCUUCUACGAGGUGGCCGCUGACGCCGGCCUCAUCGAUGUAAUGAAAGGCGGCACCAUAUCCGUGUCCGCGUACCGGCAGGCGGCCCUGCGCGCGUGCGGCGCCAGCAACGUGGAGCAACCCUUCGCCUGCAUCGACCUCAGCUUCUGUCUGGCGCUCUUACAGCAAGGGUAUAAAAUACCAGACCACUCGCCUGUGUCGUUGUUCAAGAAAGUGAACGGGCACGAAGUCUCCUGGGCGUUAGGGCUCGCCUACACUUCCAUUGUGAAUCGCCUCGCCGAGAUCAAAGUGUAAAUACGCCCUAAGUAUUCAACCUAGCCUAUCGGCUAUGCGAGGCAUGGUGGGGGAACUAAAAGCACAUGGAUUUUUGUACUCUAGUAUAUGUUAUGAGUUAUAUAACUAAAUCAGCCGCCACUGUCGUGCACGUAGCCAAUAUUGUAGCGAGUGAAAAGGAAAUUUCUUUUAAGAACAUCAGUAUCAGUGAAAAAAUAUAAGACAUGAGUCUUUAGGCAACACAUUUGACAUAGAAAAUCAUACUUUUUUUUAGUUCAUAGUUUAGUCAUACAAAAAAUGUUGUAUUAUUUUUAUUUAAACAGUUUACCAAACAAUAACUAGUAGAAAUUGAAACGUCGCAAACCCGUUAAUAUUUUUUUCACCUCAGCAGCUCGAACAAGGGUACUUUGCUUCUUAAAAACAGUGAGCAAAAUGCGAUUUUGCUCACUGAGUCAUUUUGUCUCACUCAGUGAGCAAAAUCGCAUUUUGCUCACUGAGUGAGACAAAAUGUCAUUCAAGUGACCUUUAUAGUCAAAUGUCAUUUCAACAUGCGGGGUCUAAUACAAGUUCGAUAUACUUGGGUUCUAUUAUCUCUGGCUGACCUAGAGGGAUCUAGGUAUGUUCUCACUGCUUAGGGUGAAAAUUUUUGUGUACUACACGAGAUCAAAGUUAUUUACAUCUCGUGCGCUUUUGAAUCCCUUACUACGCUCAAGAUUCUAAAUUAGAUUCACUCGCUACGCUCGCGAAUCUAUUAUAGCAUCUUUCGCUUGCACGGGACUCAAAAUAAGCACUCGAAGAAAUAUUAAACUUUGAUCUCUUGUUGUACAAAUAACUAUAUCAAUGGUCUUGUGUAUUUAUAUGAUAAGUGAAACCUUUUAGAUAGAUUAUUUACGCAUUUAAAGUUGUGUAAUUGCGAAGUAUUCGAACGUAUUGCCUAAAACUUUAGUUGGAGUACAAAAUGUUAAGAGGUAUCCAGACGGGACUGACGAAAUCAGUCGAUUUGUUCAGCAAAAUAAUUGGUCAAUCUCAUCUAGCGUCCACACUUACACAAAUUAAAUCACCAAUUUGCAUUCUACUAUGAAAAUUGGCAUUUUUGUGUCCGCACCUGCUGAUAUGAUCGGGGAAUCAAAUUGGUAUUUGCGUCCGCACGGCCCUGUUCGAUCGGAGAAUUUCAUCAGAUUGGCGAAAAAUUGUCUCGUGUGGAUACAACUUUAGAAGGCACGCUUAAACUACCAAUUUUUUAUCAAUGAAGCUUUUCGACGCCGUGUCAAACACAAAAGCUGUCACUCGGAGGCUACGUCACCGAAGUGUCAAAACUGAAAUUGAACUUUAUGCAUACGCACCUAUGUUGCUCUGUGGUCUGUGACGGAUUAAUCCGUCUUUGGCGUUGGCCCUGCGGUUCGGAUAUAUCCGUCGUUGGCGUCGAAUAGGUUGAUAUUGGUUAUUUAAUUGUCUUCGUUUUGUGAUUUAUUCUUGUUUCAUGUUUUUUUAUGAAAACUUAAAACAGUGAUCUUAAACUGUAUUUAGUAUUAAAAACGUUGUGAAAAUGGGGUUUAUUUCGAGUGUUAUUGAUUUAUUAUUUUGUUAUUUAUUAGAUCCAAUUUCUUCCUACUUACUGUUUUUUGUUAUUGAUUAUUUCCAGUAUCUGAGAUAUACCUAGUGAAUAUGAUUUUGUGAGAUACUUAUGAUAAUUUUAAUAUUAAAUAAAUAGUUCAAUUUAUUUUCUA